UUUGAUAUUUUUGCUUCGCCUUUUCGGUGUUUAGUCUAUUUGAAGUUUUCUUGUUUCUCAUAGUUUAAUAAACACUAUAAAUUGGAUUGCCUCCUGUUAUUGUAAAAAAAGAAAACAAUUCGUGUUGAGUAAACAUUCAUAAUUGUUUUUAAUUGCCAAAAAGUCCUUGCAUUUUAAAUAAAAAGAAAAACAUUGGAAUACUUGUUAAACCCCUAUGAAGUAUGGAAGAAAUUAAUUUGUCCGAGGAGAGUGUACAAACGUUGUGUAGACUCUGUUUAAAGACUGACGAUUUUAUUGUGGAUAUAUUUCAUGGAUUGGAUGGAAAAUCUGAUAAAGAGCCAUUGCCCAAACGAAUCUAUGACCUUUACGCAGUAAAAGUUGAAGAAAGUGAUGGGCUGCCAAAAAACAUUUGUCAUCGGUGUUUAUAUCUUACUGAAUCCUUCACUUCCUUUCGAUUAAAUGUAAAGCAAUGCGAAGAACAAUUAAAAGCUUAUUCAGAAUCUAUGAAGGCCAUAGCAAGUGAGGCACAAAAUGACAUGCUGAUUAAACAAGAAACCCUUGAUAACCGUUACGAAGGGUUAAAUGGGUUUCAUGGCUUUGUGCCAGAUAAGAACUGUGAAAUAACCGUUGUCGACCCGAACCAAGAAUGUGAAAGUUCUGAUGAUUGUUUUUCAAUGGAAGAUUCCGACACUGAUUUUCCCAGUCCUGCAAAGAAAACCAUAAACGGAUUAGUUUCAAAACCAGAAACUGCAAAUGAAAUUCCAUCGAAAACUGAAAAUGUGCCGCUGGCAGCCGCUCCACAAAAUUAUAGCGAUAUCGCAAAUGAACCGAAAAACACUUUUCUUUGUCAGUAUUGUGAUAUGGCGUUUACCACUCAAAUGAACUGCGAUGAACAUGAAUCACGUCAUGAUGCAGCAAAUCCAUUCAUAUGUAAUUUCUGCCCAUUCAGAACUGUGAAUAGACAAGUUCUCAUCCAUCACAUAAAAGAGUCUCAUGAUAAUGAACGCCCAUUUGUUUGUACGUUAUGCAACAAAGGUUUUUGUCGUCGGUCGGACCUGAAAAAACAUACAAUUGUUCACACCGGAGUGCGACCAUAUUCUUGUCCAGUCUGCUCUAAAAGCUUUUCUCGCAAUACAAAUCUUACGAAGCACAUGCGAAUCCAUAGUGGCAUUAAACCACACGUAUGUCAAAAGUGUCCCAGAUCAUUCACAACAUAUGCAGACCUCAUUCGUCAUCAGAGGGCUCAUACAGAAAUAAAACCGCAUAAAUGCACGAAAUGCACCGCAUCGUUCACAAGAAAAGAUAAACUACAAAAGCAUUAUAUUUCCCAUUUGCGAAAGGAAUCUGAAUCGGGUCUUUAUGACAAGGAACGUCUUAAGCCACCACAAGAAACCGAUUCAAGCCAAAUAAUAGACAAGAGCCAGAAAAACCCACCCUUGGGUGUUGUAGAUAAUCAACCUCCUAUGAUGCCAAUAAAUAAUUUCGGAAAUAGUUUGUUAGCUGCUCAACUACAAAAACCACAGGCCAAAAUGCAAAUUCGAACAGGAACGAAUCCAUUUGAGGUUAAAACCAACGUAAAAGUACACAUUUGCAACAUAUGUUCGAGAACUUUUACAAGAAAGAGAGAAUUUCAACGCCAUCAAGCCCUUCAUUUGGAUUGCUUGUAUAAAUGCAAGCAAUGCGACAAGAACUUCAAUCGAAGAGAUAAACUUAUACGCCAUGAGAAAAUCUUUCAUGCACCACAGUAUAACUGUAAUCUGUGCAACAUGAGUUACACCAAAUUGGAAGCACUACAGAUGCAUGUAAAAGUUCACGAUUUGCACAACAAUUUUUCAUCGCAAGCUGAAGGCGGUGCUCCACCUCAUUUUAAUAAUUAUCCAAAACCAACUCCAAUGGCUCUAGGUUUCUAUAGUGAAAUAAAACCAGAAGAAUGAACUUCUUUUUUUUAUAUAUAUAUAAUUAUAUAUUAUCGAUAGGCUGUAGAUAAAUAUUUAAUAUUUUAGUAUAAGAAUUUAUUUUAAACACAAUUUAGAUGUGUUGAUAUUUCCAGGAAACUAAUAAAUCAGAAUACAUUUAAAAAUUGUCGCUUUUUUCGUUGUUUUAUUACUAAAAUCUUAUACUUGUAUCACAAAAAGUGUGAUGUUAAAAUUUGUGUAACCUUGCAAUUAAAUACAAAAAAGCCCACGAAAUAGGAAAACAAAAUAUUUAAAUUAAAGUAUCCUACGUGGUUCUUAUGUUAUUCAUAGGUUUCAAAAAAGGUCGGCAAGGCAUUCCGGAAAUGUUUGAACGAAACAUGAACGCUUUUUAUUAUUUUAUUUGUAUAAUCUUAACUAAACGAGCAUUAACAUUACGGAAUUUAACAUUCUUUGUUGUAUUUUUGUUUCGAAUAUUUUUUUAAUUGAAUUUAAAAGUUAUAACAUCUAAAAAAAAUAUCUGUACAUAUGUCGCCCUCGAGCUUGGCAAAGUAGCAAUGUACUU